AAAAGAUUUUUUACUGUCGGUAUUCCCGUAGUCCGUAAAACGUUUUUGCUGUCCCUUCUUUCUUCUGCCAGUGAUUGUGCAGUUCCCGUCAAUGGCAGCUUCCGCCCGGGUUUUCUAUUCUUCCAAUCGCCAUUUUACCCAUUCCAUCCUCCUCAAAGAUCCACCUUUCCGACUCCCUCUCCGUAAAACCCAACAACUUCGCUCCGCAUACCGAUUCUCCCCACUCUCACUCCACUCCCACAGCCACUUGUUCUCCAAACUCCUAUAUGGCCCGCCGUUCAAUUCUUUCCCGGUUUUUGGGGCAGCCCAUUUCUCCAUCUCCAGCAAUUAUUUCGAUCGCGUUUUUUUUGGCGCAAAGAACGACUCUUUCAGCUGGAAUUUCGCCCCCGGACAAAGCGUUAAUGGUCGGAACAAUGGGAAUCUUGUUGAGGAUAAAGGGCCUGAGGUUGCGGUGGUGAUGUUGGGUUGGCUGGGUGCGAAGCCUAAGCACCUGAGGAGAUAUAUUGAGCUGUACAAUGCGAAGGGCUUUCAUGCUGUUACUUUUGUGGCCUCUGUGAUGGAUGUGCUGUCGUUUGAUCUGGGCAAGAAGUUGGAGGAGAGGAUUGAAAGGUUCUCGCACGAGCUUGCGUCUUGGUUGUCCAAGGAGGACGGCCGCGAGCGCUUCUUGAUCUUCCACACCUUCAGCAAUACCGGUUGGCUAGCGUAUGGUGCCAUUCUUGAUAAUUUGAAAGAUAGACAAGAUUUACUGGAGAAAAUUAAGGGAUGUGUUGUAGACUCAGGAGGAGACCCCAAUAUAGAUCCUAAGGUAUGGGCUGCUGGGUUCACCACCGCCCUGCUGAAGAAAAGCAGCUCUGCUACUUACCCUUCGCCUGAGGCAGGAGGAGGAACACAACUAGGAAGUGGCGCAAACGGAUCAGAUAUGGAAGGCAAGGAACCCCUUUCACUUGAAACCUUGCUGUUAGCGGCAUUCGAGAAGCUCUUCUCCUACCUACUCAAUUUGCCUGACAUAAACCAGAGGUUGACAAAGAUCAUUUCUGGCCUGAGAAACAAUCAGCCUCCCUGUCCUCAGCUCUAUCUGUAUAGCACAGGAGACAAGGUCAUCCCAUUUCAAGCCAUAGAAUCGUUCAUCGAGGACCAGAGAAGGGCUGGGAAACAAGUGUUCUCUUUCAAUUUCGGCUCGUCUCCUCAUGUCGACCAUUACCGGAGUUUCCCCGAUGUAUAUGCUUCUCAGCUUGAAAAUUUCUUCAAGGAAUGUCUAACAAUGGUAUGGAAAUUGUAGUGACGUUCCUAUGGGUGGAUGGAUAACAUAAUUUGUGUUUGUAUUAUGGGCGAUUGAGUUUAAAUAGAGCUAAGCUGUUUCUGCUGUUUGCUUUAUAGAGCAAUUUGUCAACUGCAGUUACUAUUUUUGUUAGUGAUUGAAAAUCCCCCUUUUUCUGUUUUCUCAAUGAAAAA